CUUACCUUCGCUUCGCUUCGAUCUUUGGCUGAAAGCAUCCACGAAACCCUCUCUCUCCCUCUCUUUCCCUGUUGCGAGCUUCAACUAUGAUUCUUCGGUCGAGCCAACUGCUGCUUCUUCUCGCAAUCCUAGGGGUUCUAUCCCCUGCGACGCAUUCACUCCGCUUCGAACUGCAAUCGGGUCAUACCAAGUGCAUCGCCGAAGAUAUGAAGACCAACUCCAUGACUGUAGGCAAGUACAGCAUAGUCAACCCCAACGAAGGCACCGUCUUGCCCCAGACCCAUAAGCUCACCGUCAGGGUCACAUCGACACAGGGGAACACCUAUCACCAAGCGGAUCAUGUGGAAUCUGGGCAGUUCGCAUUCACGGCGCCGGAGGAUGGGGAUUAUAUGGCCUGCUUUUGGGUCCUUGAUCAGAAACCGGAUAUCACGUUGACUGUUGAUUUUGACUGGAAGACUGGUGUACAAGCCAAGGACUGGUCUAAUGUUGCCAAAAAGGGCCAAGUUGAUGUAAUGGAAAUUGAGCUUAAGAAGCUGCAGGAUAUGGUCGCUUCCAUUCAUGAAGAGAUGUUUUAUCUCCGGGAAAGGGAAGAAGAAAUGCAAGAACUGAACCGAAGUACCAACUCCAGAAUGGCUUGGUUGAGUUUCCUUUCACUUUUUGUUUGCUUGUCUGUUGCCGGCUUGCAAAUAUGGCACUUGAAGACCUUCUUCGAGAAAAAGAAGCUCAUUUAAUAUAUAUUUUUUUAUUCUUUUAACAAUGUGAACAAUUUCGCUUGUCUUUGCUUUUGUAAAUUAGAUUAUUGAAAAUCUACUUGGAAAAGAAAAUAAUUGUCUGGUAGCAAGUAUGAUAGGGAUUUUCUGAAUUAUAUUCAGUACUUUGUUUUAGGUACUUGAUUAAUGUUUUUUUUUUUAAUUCGUAAGUCCACUUUUGGAGAUCUAUAGAAA